AUGAAUAUCUCGAAUCCGAUAUCCUCAGAAAUCAAUGCCGUUCACUUCGGUUUUCUGUCCACGAAGGACAUACUCUCGAUAUCUGUUAAGCAAAUUGUCAACCCUUCGACUUUCGAUGUGAAUGGCAAUCCUGUAGAUGGAGGUCUUUACGACCCUGCCCUUGGACCAUUCGGGCGAUCAAUAGCAUGCUCGACUUGUAAUCUGAGUAACGAAAACUGCCCUGGUCAUGUCGGCCACAUUUCCCUCCCGACACCGGUUUACCAUCCUGUAUUCUUCGAUCAGAUGUACCAUGCAGGUUUAAUUCACGAGAGUGACGACAUCGAGCUCAUAGGAUCCACCAAACUUCACCGCUCGGACCAUGGUCUUUCGACUACGACUGAUGUUGGGGAUGUUGUUGAAGACCUCGAGGAAGAGGAUACGGAGACCGUCAUAAGAAAAAGAAACAGAUACGUAUACAAGGCAAUUAAAUUAAACCGCAAGGUUGGCCUAGGUUCUACGCAGAUAAUGGCAGUUGCUCAGGCUCGUAGGGCCUUGGUUCACGCCUUCCUAAAGGACAUGAUGGGUGGUCGUAGGUGCAGUUCGUGUAAAGGAGUAUCACCAACAUACCGGAAGGAUGGUUACUCUAAGAUCUUCCAGCGCCCACUCUCGCAUAAGGAGCAGCAACAGAUGGCUUUACUUGGCUUAAAGGUGAAGCACUGUCUAGCAAAGUUGGCAAAGCAGAACCCUGCGCAUUCAGAGGCCCAGAAGCAAAAGGGGGGGGAGAACGCCGAAACCCGGCCGAUAGUUGAGGCAGCAAACGAUUCGGAUGUAGAAAUGGAAGAGGUAGAUACUCUAUCGGAGGAGCCUGAAAAUCCAAAGUCCGGAACAUUUUUGCCUCCUAUGGAAGUUCUCCAGCGGCUUACCCAUCUCUUCAAGAAUGAGUCGGAGAUAUUAUCCUUAAUCUACCGGAACAGCAGGAGCCGAAAGGCUCAAGACGGAAAUGCCGCAAUGUUCUUUUUGCAAGCAGUUAUAGUUCCUCCGACCCCGUUUCGUGCCCCGAGCUUUGCUGGAAAUGAAUUGAACGAGAACCCCCAGAAUUCUAUCCUAAAGAAGAUUCUUGAUAGUUCAAUUAGAAUACGUGAUAUCAAUGACGCAGCUAGAAGCGAUCUUGAUAAACAUUCUGCAUUCGGAAAGCUUAUUCGAGAGUUCAUUAAUCUACAGGACAACGUUAACUUGUUUAUUGAUUCUACUAAAGGAGGCGGAGCCGUUAGCGCUAGACAAGCUGCCGCUAUCAUCGGUAUCAAACAGGUGCUAGAAAAGAAAGAAGGCCUAUUCCGAAAGAACAUGAUGGGCAAGCGUGUCAAUUAUGCUGCCCGGUCCGUCAUUUCACCAGACCCCAAUAUUGAAACAAACGAGAUCGGUGUCCCCCUCGUAUUCGCAAAAAAGCUCACAUAUCCGGAGCCUGUUACCCCUCACAAUGUCGACGUAAUGCGCCAGGCUGUCAUGAAUGGCCCUAAUAUCUGGCCUGGAGCAACCCACAUUGAAAAUGAAAAUGGUCGACUGCAGCGCCUGCCAUUGUCCGCUGAGAGCAGAAAAGCUCUCGCGAACCAGUUGCUUACACCAUCUGAGGCUACUCUUAAGUCCUUCAAUAAAAAGGUUUAUCGACAUCUGAGGAAUGGCGACAUGGUGAUUAUGAACCGGCAGCCGACUCUCCACAAGCCCUCUAUGAUGGGACACAAAGCUCGUGUCCUCCCAAAGGAAAACACAAUUCGUAUGCACUAUGCCAAUUGCAAUACCUAUAACGCCGAUUUUGACGGCGACGAAAUGAAUAUGCAUCUUCCUCAGAAUGAGAAUGCCCGAGCUGAGGCUCAGUAUAUCGCCAACACUGACUCCCAAUAUCUCGUGCCGACAUCGGGAAAGCCUCUUCGAGGUUUGAUUCAGGAUCAUAUUGUUAUGUCACUACAUAUGACUCAACGUGACUCCUUGUUUACCAGGGGGGAAUACCAAGAGCUCUUACAUGCUUCUCUUCGACCCGAAGACAAAAUGGGGGCUGCUGAGAGGAUCCAGCUUCUACCCCCUACUGUAUUGAAACCUGUAAAGCUAUGGACAGGGAAACAGAUUGUGACUACGAUUUUGGAGAAUAUCCGCCCUCCCGGAACGACCGCCAUUUCUUUCACUUCGAAGACAAAGGUCCCAGGAUCCAGUUGGGCUGAGAAAUCAGAGGAAGGAGAAGUCGUCGUUUCUAAGGGCUAUUUUGCCUGCGGUGUGCUUGACAAGUCACAAGUAGGUGCAUCUGCUUAUGGAAUUGUUCACUCUGUCCAUGAACUUUACGGUCCAACUAUAGCAGGAAGCUUCCUGAGUAUCCUUGGCAGACUGUUUACAAAACUUCUACACAUGCGUGCGUUUUCCUGUGGUAUGGAGGAUCUAGUAUUUGCUCCACAAGGUGACCAUGUCCGACGGAAGACUCUUGAGCUAGCCGCAUCUGCUGGAACUGAGGUUGCUAGAGGUUUUGUUGAAUUGGCCAAGGAUUUUGUAGACCCGAGUUCUAUCAUUUUAUCAUCCAAACUCGAGGAGGUUCUACGAAACGAUACUAAGCAGCAGACGCUUGAUAGUCUCAUGGGUUCCAAGGGCCAUGAGAUAACAUCCAAAGUCAUCAAACUCUGUCUACCAAACUCCCUUGUCAAACCUUUCCCAAAAAAUCAGAUGCAGGCCAUGACAGUUUCUGGUGCCAAGGGGUCUGAUGUCAAUGCAUCGCAAAUCUCUUGCCUUCUCGGACAGCAAGUUCUUGAAGGCCGAAGAGUUCCAGUUAUGAUUAGCGGAAAGACACUUCCUAGCUUCGCUCCGUUUGACCCUGGUCUGCGUGCUGGCGGUUACGUUACAGGCCGUUUCUUAACGGGAAUCCGUCCUCAAGAGUACUACUUCCACGCUAUGGCUGGAAGAGAAGGUCUCAUUGAUACAGCCGUCAAGACAAGCCGUUCCGGAUAUCUUCAGAGAUGUUUGAUCAAGGGAAUGGAGGGUAUUCGAACGCACUAUGAUAGUUCAGUUCGUGAUUCCGAUGGCUCCCUCGUACAGUUCUUGUACGGGGAAGACGGUAUAGAUAUCGGAAAACAUGCUCACCUCAGCGACUUCACUUUCCAUGCAAAGAAUCACGAGACAUACAUUGAGCAACUAGGAUGUGCAAACCUUACCGAUAGACUUGAUUUCAAUACAGCAAUGGAUUACUCGAAAGAGGUGGCUAAGAAAUUCCGCAAGGCGGGAUCAUCACCGAUCACUAUGGAUCCAGCGAUAUCCGUGUUCCCUCCUGGUAGAUAUGUCGGCAGCGUAUCGGAACAGUUCUCAGGCGACUUAGAAAAGUUCGUCAAGGAGAACCCAGACGAGUGCCUCUCGGACAAGAGGGAGAAGAAAAUGUUCAAAAAUUUGAUGUACCUCAAGUACCUACGUUCGUUGAUCAGCCCUGGUGAAGCUGUCGGAAUUCUUGCUGGGCAGUCCAUUGGCGAACCGUCCACCCAAAUGACGUUAAACACUUUCCAUUUGGCAGGGCACGCGGCAAAGAACGUGACGUUAGGUAUUCCGCGCCUACGUGAAAUUGUUAUGACUGCCUCAGCAACAAUAGCGACUCCGAAGAUGACCUUGACACUGAACGAUCACGUCUCCCCCGACCAAGCAGCGAUAUUUGCCAAGAGUAUCAGCAGGUUAAGCUUAUCAGAGGUAGUGAAGAAUGUAACAGUUACUGAAACGACAGGGGAAGGGAGAGGCCAUGCUCAGGCAAAGACCUAUAAGGUCAAGCUAGAGUUUUUUCCAUCAGAGGAGUAUGAAGAAGAAUACAGUACUACAACCCCGGAGAUAUUUCAGUCAAUCCAGGAGAUGUUUAUCCCGAAACUCUGCAAGGAAGUUGGAAAGGAGUUUAAGAAGAUGGCAUCCAAUACGGACUCUGUACCAACGGUCGGGGCCGCUUCCAAAUCUAUUAGCGACGGGCAAACCGGCCAGGCCGGAAUGGAUGCCCACGACGAUGACGAUCAAAAUGUGGUUGAUAGUGAUGAUGAAGAUGGCGAACAAGAUGCAAAACAAAGCUCUCGGAAGGCAGAUGCUACUGCGUACGACGAGCCUGAUGACGACGAAAAAGGUAUUUUGGAUGGCAUCGAAGCCGAAGAGGAAGAAGACGACGAUGAUUCGUCUAGCGACGAGGAGAGUGAUGAUGCAGAAAAUGACGAAUCAGAUGGGCGGGAUGGGAAAGGCGGGCAGAGGGACCUCAGUCGAAAGGAUGUAGAUUCGGCAUUUGAUACGUUGAGAUCAAAUCAUUCCGAGCUCUCAGCUUUUUCGUUUGAUCGUGCCGGGGGUAGUUGGUGCCAGAUUGAGCUAGAGUACGCUGCGGAGUCGCCCAAAAUUUUGAUGAUCAAUCUUGUGGAGAAAGUAUGCCGGGAAAGUGUGAUACAUCACCUGGCUGGAAUCAAGACAUGCGAGGUGGUAGUAGACGAUAUGCAAAAGAAGAAGCAGCUGAGCGUGGACGGGGUGAACUUCCACGCCAUCUGGGACUACGCUCACGUGAUAGACACGAGUGCGAUCCACUCCAACGAUAUCGCAGCUGUGUUGCGAGUGUACGGGGUGGAGUGUGCACGCAACACAAUUAUUCAGGAGAUGGGCUCUGUGUUCAAAGGGCACGGUAUCGCAGUGGACACGCGGCAUUUGAAUUUGAUAGCGGAUAUCAUGACCCGAAAUGGCGGAUUCUCGCCGUUCAACCGGACAGGACUCGCAGCAGCUGUUUCGCCGUUGAUGAAGAUGAGCUUCGAGACAACAUGCAACUUCCUGAAAGAAGCGAGUCUCGCUUAUGAUUGCGACGAUUUGAGGAGCCCAAGUGCCAGGAUAGUGUUUGGGCGGCUGCAGAACAUUGGAACUGGGUCCUUCGGGGUGCUGGUCCCGACCGCUUAA